GUUAGACCAUAAAGACGAUCCAGACAAUGAGGAACGGAACAAGCUCCUGCAGACAGACCUCAUACGCAGAAAGGCCCAGCUCUAUGACAUGGAGAACAACAUCCCAAAGCCAAGUGGUCUCUACUUGAAGAUUAUCCUGGGAAAUAUCAAUGUCUCUAUUUUGAAUAAGGAUGACAAAUACAGAUAUAAGGAUGAAUAUGAGAAGUUUAAGUUGGUUAUUAACCUUGUGGCUUUUGCCAUUUCUACAUUCAAUAUCAUCACAAAUUUCAGGACAGCUGACCUCAUCCAUAUGUUCCUCUUAGUUUGGUAUUACUGUACCCUUACAAUCCGUGAGAGCAUACUCAAGGUAAAUUCCAUAAUGCUAGACCCCAAAGUUUCCAGAGAUGUAGAUAAUCAAACUUCUGAAGCCCAGCAGCUCAAUGAAACGUUGGAGGAUUUGACCAAAGACAUUGAUUUUGUGGAGGUUGACAAAGAGAAUGAGGAGGUGAUGGAUGCAGAAAUAGCUCCUGGAGCAGAAGAAGAACUUGAGGAAGAUGGCAUUGAUGACCAUGUGACAUAUGAAGCUGACAGUGUAAACGUAGAAGUUAAAAAAGUUAGCGAAUUUUCUGAUGAGACAAAGAAAGAUAAAUAGAUGAUUAAUUUGGAAAAGAAAAGUUUAUAUUUGAUAAUGAAAUCAAAACAAAGCACACAGCCAUAAUGUACCCACAUUCCAAACUCUUAUUUGUUAAGAAGCACAUUUCCAUAUUUUUUGGAUGGAUGAAGUAAGCUAUAUUUCUAAAGUAUAAAAUAUGUAAAAAAAUAUAUAUAUAUACAUAUA